UUGCUGAUAACUUAACUGUUGCAUUUCAAUUAUCCGAUCCAACGACUCAUAAACUUUUUUCAAAUGCAAAGGAGAUAAAUGAAACAGGAUUUUUACGUAUUUCAACAUGUUAUACAAAAGAAAUAAGUAGGUUAAAUUCUAUCUAUCGCCAAGAAAUUUUAAAAACUGAAAAGCUAGAUGUUAAAG